AUGUCUACGCUACUACUUGGGUGGGAAUAUUUUUUGCAAGAUCGCUACGAUGAGGCAGAGGUCCUACAAGACAAGGCACUGAGAUUUUGUUGCAAUGUGCUUGGAGAGAAGCAUCGUAUCACGAUUCAAGCUAUGACAGAUCUUGUACAGACAUACAUCAAGCAGAAUCGACUGGAUGAGGCGCAAAAAGCUAUAGCCAAAGCACCCGAAAUUGGACAAGAGGUACAGGGGGAGAAACAUCAAGAUAAAAUCAGAGCAAUGACAUUGCUUGCAGAUACAUACAGUCUCCUGGGCCAGCACAAAGAGGGCGAAGAGAUAUUGAUUAAAGCAAUAAGUCUUGGAAAAGAGGUGUUUGGAGAGACGCAUCCACAAACAAUUGCCGCCAUGAUGUUACUUGCGUGGUCAUACAACUUGGCCGGUAUGACGACGCUGGUUCACUAUAAAAUCGCUCUAGACUUAUCUAAACAAGUCUUUGGAGAUAGUCAUCGUUAUGUCUUGAAUGCUAUGGAAGGUCUCGGCUUUGCCCAGGAGAAAUUGCAAGAAGGAAAUUCUCGUGCCGAAUCAGUCGUGUCUGUGGCAUUGGAUGGGAUUGAAGGAGGGGGAGAAGGCUUUAGAUCGUUGCUGGAGGUUAUGCGCAGGAAGUUGGGCAAGCUUCGUAUGUCAAGGUCCUCUCAGAGACAGGAGUAG